CACAGACACCUGCUGCGAGUUUAUUUUGAUAAGUGCCAAUAAGCUGCGAUCAUGCAAACAGAGAGGAACCAACCGGGUAAACAAACCCAGCGCGGCUUCUCUCGCUGGGUUAGGGGCUGGCGGAGAUGGGGGAACGGGCCGAUUUUAGGGUUUUAGGGCUCGCUGAGAGCUCUGAGCCCUGCCGGCCGAGCCCGGCGCUGCGGGAGGAGCCGGCGGCGGUGCCGUGCCCGGCUGCGGCGCCUGCGGGAUGCUCUGAGCGCAGGGAUGCGGAGGAGGGGGGCUGCGGGAGGGGAGAGGGAGGCGUGUGCCUGCCUGCCUGCCAGGGGGCAUUUCUUCCCCUACCCGCACAAGCCGAUGCCCACCCUGCUGAAGCAGUUAAACGGGGGAGAGCGGCAGCCCGGCUGGCAGAUUCCUGCCCUGUGAUAUGCCAGCCACAGGGUGACGCAAGGGCUGGAAGGCUCCGACUAACAAGCCAUUUUCACCUGCGUAACAAGCGCUAGUGGAGAUCCAGCGGCGGCUCCCGGUCCCCGCAGCCGGCCAGAGCCCAGCGCGGCCGCAGCCGCAGCUCCAGCCCAGCCCGGCGGCCACCGCAGCCCUUCCGCUGCCCCCCGAGAGCCGGAGCUCAGCAUGGCAGCCCCGCCGGACCCCCAGGACCUGCUGCUGGCGGGCACUGGGCUGCACUGGGCGCGGGAUGGAGACGGGGCUGAGCAGCGGGAGCAGCCGGGAUUCGGCUCCGCCAGGGAACACCCGCCCGUUUCCAUGGCGACUGCAUCCCCAGGUGUCACAGGCUCGUCACAUCUCUUCGACUACGGCUCCACUGCCAACGGAGGGGACAACUCCUUCUACACCUCCCUGAUCUCCGAUGUCCACUACACCACCCCGAGGGACUCCACCUAUUUCACAGGCAUCUAUCAGCAGGAAAACACCCCCAUUCCCUGCUCGGGCAGCACGGAGGGGUUUAAUGCUCUGGGCCAUCCUGUUCAAGACGUGACUGGAUUUGAGUCCCGUGGCUUGUUUAGCUCAGACUCGGGAAUAGAGAUGACUCCUGCAGAGUCUACUGAAGUCGACAAAACCUUAGCAGAUCCCAUGAAAGUAGAAGCUUACAAAUACAUGGACAUGAGUAGAUCAGAAGAAAUAAAGUACCAAGAAACACACGACUCUGACUCAGAAGAUGAGAGCCCAGGCCUUAGUGAUAAGUACCGGGGAACACCCGCGGGGUCCAGCCACGCCGCUGAGCCUCCACGGACGCCUUCGGAGAGCACAAAGGCAGCCAAGGAACAAGACCUGCUGGAAGACAGAAAGUCUGGGGGUCAGCACAGUCCCUCUGUGGCUACAACCCCUGUCAAGAUCACGCUCACUGAGACAGAAAGCACCAAGGAAGCCGCCAGCAGAGAGCCGAGCCCGACUCAGCCGGACACCGGCCUGAAGCCGAGCCAUGAGGUGGUGCCAACGGUGACGGUGUCAGAACCAGAGGAUGACAGCCCAGGAUCUGUCACACCACCCUCCUCUGGCACAGAGCGGUCGGGCUCGGAGUCGCAGGGCAAGGGCAGCCUGUCGGAGGAGGAGCUCAUGGGCGCCAUCGCGGAGGCCGAGCGCUUCUCCUUCGAGCCCGCGGAGCCGCCGCGCCCGCCGCCCGCUCCGGCCGAGCCGCGGGCCAGGCCCGCCCGCCCUCACGCCGCCGAGCACGAAGGCAGCAGCGCCGAGUCCGGCGACUCGGAGAUCGAGCUGGUCUCGGAGGACCCCCUGGCUGCCGAGGAGGUGCUGCACUCCAACUACGCGACCUUCGGCCACAUCGGCGGGCCGCCUCCGUCGCCCGCCUCCCCCUCCAUCCAGUACAGCAUCCUGCGGGAGGAGCGGGAGGCGGAGCUGGACAGCGAGCUCAUCAUCGAGUCCUGCGAUGCCUCCUCGGCCUCCGAGGAGAGCCCCAAGAGGGAGCAGGACUCCCCCCUGAUGAAGCCCAAGGUCAUGGACAUCAUCAAGGAGGAGAACAACUCGCGCACUGACGCCUCAGACUACGAGGCCAGUAAAUUGGCAGAGAGCAGGAUGAACAGGGAAAACCUGGCCGAGUCCUCGUCCUACCUGAAAAGCUCCUUUGUUGCGCCAAAAAUAAGCGCUGAGCCCCCGACCUCUGCCGUCAGCACCGAGGAGCUGAAGGAAAGAGUACAACUGAAGAAACCCAUUGAAGAAACUGUUGUUAACCAAAGUAAAGUGUCUUCCAAGGACUUUGGCAAAAAAAGUCCGUUGGCUUCGUUGCUACUGCCGUUUUUAAAUAAGCAGAAAGCCAUCGACCUGUUGUACUGGCGUGACAUCAAGCAGACGGGGAUCGUCUUCGGCAGCCUCCUGUUGCUGCUCUUCUCCCUGACCCAGUUCAGCGUCGUCAGCGUCGUGGCCUACCUGGCCCUGGCCGGCCUCUCGGCCACCAUCAGCUUCAGAAUCUACAAAUCAGUCCUACAGGCCGUGCAGAAGACAGAUGAGGGCCACCCCUUCAAAGCCUACUUGGAGAUGGAGAUGAAUCUUUCACAGGACCAGAUCCAGAAAUACACAGAUUGUCUCCAGCUAUACGUCAACAGCACAGUCAAAGAGCUGAGGAGACUCUUUCUCGUUCAGGACCUCGUGGAUUCUUUAAAAUUUGCAGUACUAAUGUGGCUGCUGACUUACGUGGGAGCCCUCUUCAAUGGCCUGACUCUUCUGAUAAUGGCUGUGGUGUCUAUGUUUACUCUCCCCGUUGUAUAUGACAAGUACCAGGCACAGAUUGAUCAAUACUUGGGGCUGGUGCGGACCCACAUAAACACGGUGGUGGCAAAGAUUCAAGCUAAAAUCCCAGGUGCUAAGAGAAAGGCAGAGUAAAGCAGACAUCAAGAAUUCAUUGACUACAGUAGUGCAUAAUGGGGAAAUCUGGAGUGAAAACAGCUCUGUUCUUACACUUUACUGCAAAUUUAUCAUUCUUUUUUUUUUCCUCAACACCAUAAUCUUAGAAACAUAAAACUCAGAAGCAGUGCUUUUCCCCUGCUGCUUCUGCACUUAGAAUAUUUGCAAUCACUUGUGUCAAGCACUAAAGUAUAGUAAAGAGAAAAGUGUACUAGAUGUGGUUUUUUGUGUUGCUUAUAAAGUGCAUGAUGGUGAGAGCCUAAAUAAUAUUGACCUCUUUAUUUAAUUUUUUUUUUUAGUGUUUUUCCUUCUUCUAUUGGCAUUGCUUCUAUAACUUUUAAUGUUACAUGUGGCUAGGGGCUUUCCUGCUUAGCGCACUUGAUGCAAUAGUUAAAAUUGCUUCUACGUCACUGGGUUGCUGGUUGGAUUCAUCUUUAUUAACUAUAUAGAAUUGUAGACUGAUGUUUUAGUGUUUUCCAGCACAAAUAAAAUAAACAGUAAGCAGUACUUAUGGUAAUCAGUUUUGUAUAACUCAAAAUCAAAAAAAAAAAAAGAAAAAAAGAAAACAAAACCCAGUACUUUUGUCGUAAAGGAUUGACAGGCUGAUUUACAUGUAUGGUAACUGGAAAGUUCCAGCAUGUUCAAUUUAUUACGAUUUGUAUUACAUUCUCUGUAGUUCCUAAUGGACUUAAUUAUGGACUCUGAAUAUUUGCACUUAUGUACUUGAUACCGAAUGCAGAAAUAAAUGUUACUAAAU